AUGAUGCAAAGCCCCAAGCAAGGUGUGCAAGCAGUUACUCAACCCUCACAUCAAGGUCUUUACAUGCCUAACCCUUACUCUUUGCCACAAUCACCUUGUAAUUCACCGGGACCUCAAAGCAUAGCUAUGGUUGCUUGUUGUGCUAUUUAUGGAGAAAACCAUGCCUCCCAAUCGUGUCAAUUGUUGGAUCCAAGUGGCCAAGGCUCAUCUUCAAAUAUGGAACAAGUUGAUGCAAUCGGGUAUACUAGGCCCCAAUGCCAAGGUUUUCAAAGUUAUGGUCAACAACCACGGAAUCAAUAUGGUACUUCAUGGAACAACCAAGGAAGAAACCUAACCCCGGGCUUUCAAGGGAACCAAGGAAAUAGGAGUGGUAAUCAAGGAAACCAAUCAUGGAGAGGUAACCAAAAUCAAGGCCAAUGGAACAAUCAAAGUGGUCAAGGGUAUGGAAACAAUCAAAACCACCAAGGGAUAUCUCAAGCAACACAAGAUCCGAAUAUGAAAACCUCCAUGAGCAUGAUAAUGAAUCAAAUGAGCAAGUUGCAAACCGAAGUGGAAGGUCUUCGAGCUCAACAACAAGGUGGAGGUACCCAAGGUUCUAACCAAGCCUCUUCUUCUUCUGGUGGUAAACUACCGGCCAAUACCGAAAAUUCAAGGAAUCAUGUGAAUGCCAUAACCACUAGAAGUGGGAAAGCCUUGAAAGAUCCACCUUACCCAGGGCCGUUUCAGUCAAAAUGGGGUCCUGAAGUUGAGAAAAAUGAAAGUGACCAAGGGAAAGGAGAAGUGGAAGUAGAAAACAUUCUUGAAAGUAACAAUGAGGAGGAGCAUCUUAUUCAAAGAGACAAGGCAAAAGAAAAUGCUCCAAUAGAUUGUGGAGAUCAAAGGAGAUUGGGAGAGAGAACAAGUUCAGAGAUAUCAAUGCCUUUUGUGGAUGCAGUGACUCAAAUUCCUUCAUACAAGAAGUUCUUAAAGGAUAUUCUGAUUCUCCAACAUAAAUUGCCUCCUAAGUUGAAAGAUCUAGGUAGCUUCACCAUUCUUUGUAUCAUUGGUGGCUUUGUGGUGGGUAGUGUUUUGUGUGAUCUUGGAGCCAAUGUUAGCCUUAUGCCAUACUCCCUUUGCAAGAGGCUCAACCUUGGUGAGCCCAAGCCUACCACAAUGACUCUCCAUAUGGCUGAUCGCUCUGUUAAGCACCCGGUGGGAGUUCUUGAAGAUAUCCCGGUCAUGAUUGACCAAUAUUUUAUUCCUGGAGACUUCGUGAUCCUAGAUAUAGAGGAAGAUACCAAGGUCCCCAUUAUCCUUGGUAGGCCUUUCCUAGCUACCGCCAGAGCCAUAAUUGAUGUGAAAAGAGGAAAGCUAGUGAUGGAGGUGACCGAGCAUAAAAUCGAGUUUGACAUCUUCAAAAUGGCCAAGCACUAA